AGGUGGACCAUCCUCUCAGGAAAGUGCAACAGAGAAAAGGCCAAAUUCUCCUGAAGUCAGCUGUGUGUCCUUGAAGAGUGAUCGGUCAAUGCCGGAGUUUAUGGACUUUAAAGGUGGACCAUCCUCUCAGGAAAGUGCAACAGAGAAAAGGCCAAAUUCUCCUGAAGUCAGCUGUGCGUCCUUGAAGAGUGAGCGGUCAAUGCCGGAGUUUAUGGACUUUAAAGGUGGACCAUCCUCUCAGGAAAGAGGAACUGAAGAAAGACGGCGUUCUUUUAUACCCUGUAAGACUGACUUUAAUGAGGGAAGAACCUCUCAGAAAAGACAAAAUUCCUCCUCAGUGAGGGAGCGAAAGCGUACACCUAGCACUGACACAACAGCAGGGAUACACUCGAAGGGAAGAGAUCACUGUGAGAUGGAUGCUGCUGUGAAAACUCCCAAAUUAAAAAAGAAGAUGACCGACUUUCUCUACAACAUCUUCAACGAUCUCGAAAAUAAGAUGAUUGUCUUUAUCAAACACGAGCUGGAGAUGUUUAAGAAACUUCUGAGGAAAGAAAACACCAGAUAUUAUGGAGAGGUGAGAGAUGAUCUGUGGAGCAUUAAAGAAGCAGCUCUUGAUAUGGCAUUGUACUUUCUGAAGUUGAUGGAACACAAUGAUCUCGCUGAUGCACUCCAAGGUAAGAGAUCUGACAAUGCGCUCAUAGAAGUGCAACAGCGUGCACUCAAAUCAAACCUGUGUAAGAAGUAUAAGCGUGUAUGGGAAGGAAUUGCAAAGCAGGGAGAGUCAAGCAUUCUGAGCAACAUCUACACAGAUCUGUACAUCACUGCAGGUGGAAGUGGACAAAUAAAAGAAGAACAUGAGGUGAGACAAAUUGAAAAGCAAAAAACUCGUGGAAAGAAUGGAGACUGUCAAAUUGAGCAAGAAGAACAAAUUGAAUGCAAGGACAUGUUCAAAACAUUACAUGAAGAAGAGAAACCUGUCCGAACUGUGGUGACACAGGGGGUCGCUGGCAUUGGAAAAUCCAUCUGUGUGCAGAAGUUUGUUCUAGACUGGGCUGAAGGGAAGGACUAUCAGGACAUUCAGUUCAUAUUUCCACUGCCUUUCAGAGAACUGAACCUGAUCAAGGAGGAAAUGCACAGUUUAAGGGACCUCAUCUAUUCUUUCUUUCCAGAAGUAAAAGGAAUGAGAUUCACAAAGAUGUAUAAAGUCAUGCUCAUCUUUGAUGGUCUGGAUGAGUGUCGACUUCCUCUAUCAUUCCAUGAAAAUAAGAUGUGGACUGAUGCAUCAAUGCCAGCCUCACUGGACACUAUAAUGACAAACCUAAUGAAAGGAAAUCUUCUUCCGUCUGCUCUCAUCUGGAUAACCACUCGACCAGCAGCAGCUGCUAAGAUCCCAGCUGAACAUGUGGACCGGGUCACAGAGGUGCGUGGCUUCAAUGAUGUACAAAAAGUGGAGUACUUCAGAAAGAACAUCACAGAUGAGAAUCUGGCCAACAAAAUCACUGAUCAUAUUAAAGGCUCAAAAAGCCUCUUCAUCAUGUGUCAUAUUCCAGUCUUCUGUUGGGUUACGGCGACUGUUCUUCAGGAGAUUUUGGGAGGAACAGACAAGGAAGACAUUCCACAGACUCUGACAGAGAUGUACACAUGUUUUCUUAUCUUUCAGACCAUACAGGGAGACAAGAAAUACAAUAGAAACAAUGCCGCAGACAUUCAGUGGGAUAAAGAGGGAAUUCUUUCACUGGGAAAGCUUGCCUUUAGUCACCUGGAAGGAAACCUGAUUUUCGAUGCAGAAGACCUCAAAGCCUGUGGAAUUGACCUCAAUAACAUAAAGGUGUACUCAGGACUGUGCACUCAGGAGACUGGCAGAUUUGGACAGACGUUUUUCAGCUUUGUGCAUCUCAGCAUUCAGGAGUUCAUCGCUGCCUUGUUUACUUACCUAUUGCUCAGAAAUGAAAAGAAGAAUGUUGUUGAAAAACCUGAAGAGAGCAAGGAAACAGAACUUAUUGAUUUGCUCAGAAUUACAGUGGGUAAGGCUUUGGAGAGUAAAAAUGGACACUUGGACCUUUUCCUCCGCUUCCUUCUGGGCCUGUCAUUGGAGUCCAAUCAGAAGCUCAUUCGAGGUCUGCUGACACACACAGGAAGCAGCUCUGACUGUCAGAAAGACAUAAUUGACUACAUCAAAGACAAACUUAAUCAAAAUCUAUCUCCAGAGAGAUCAAUCAAUCUGUUUUACUGUCUGAAUGAGUUAAAAGAUGAUUCACUCGUGAAAGAGAUCCAAAGUUACAUGAGCUCAGGACGUCUCUCUAAAGCUGAACUCUCACCUGCUCAGUGGUCUGCUCUGGUCUUUGUGUUGCUGACAUCAGAUGAGGAUCUGGAAGUGUUUGAGCUACAAAAAUUCAUAAGAUCAGAUGAAUGCUUUAAAAGACUGCUACCAGUCGUCCAGCAAGCCAAAACAGCUCUGCUCAGUGAUUGUAAGCUGACAGAGAGAAGCUGCUCAGCUUUACACACAGUUCUCAGCUCUGAAUCCUCCAAACUGACUGAGGUGGAUCUGAGCAGUAACCAUCUGGAGGACUCAGGAGUGACGCAGCUUUGUGUUGGACUGAAGAAUCCAAACUGUAAACUGGAGAAACUGGGACUGACUGAAUGUAAUCUGAUGAUGGAAAGCUGUAAAGCUCUGGCUGAAGUUCUCAGUUCACACCGUUUUCUAACUGAGUUGGACUUGAGUAAGAACGGCCUACAGAAUUCAGGUGUCCAGCAAUUAUCUGAAGGACUGAAGAACCAAAGCUGUAUUCUGAAGAUAUUAAGACUUUCAGACUGCAGGAUAACAGAGGAAGGAUACGCUGCUCUGGCUGAAGCUCUGAAAUCAUCCCACCUGAUAGAGCUGGAUCUCAGAGGGAACGACCCUGGAGCAUCAGGAGUGAAGCUGCUCACUGAUUUACUCCAGGAUCCAGACUGUAAACUGGAGAAACUGAGACUUUCAGACUGCAGGAUAACAGAGGAAGGAUACGCUGCUCUGGCUGAAGCUCUGAAAUCAUCCCACCUGAUAGAGCUGGAUCUCAGAGGGAACGACCCUGGAGCAUCAGGAGUGAAGCUGCUCACUGAUUUACUCCAGGAUCCACACUGUAAACUAACAACACUGAGACUGUUGAAAAGUCCUGAAGCAGAAGAAGCCUGUGGUCGUCUGACUAAAGUUUUAGAGACAAACCCCUUAUUGCAGACGCAUCUGAACCUGAGGGGGAAAAUAAAAGGAGACUCCGAAGUGAAGCAGCUCUCUGCUCUACUGAAGGAUCCACACUGCAGAGCUGAGAAACUCACGCUAAGGAAGAGUGGUGUUACAGAAGAAGGCUGUUCUGCUUUGACUUCAUCUUUUCUAUUCAAUCCUGCACACAUAAAAGAGUUGGAUCUGAGUGAGAAUAAAGUUGGAAACUCUGGAGUGCAGAGAGUUUGUGCUCUACUGAAACAUCAGCCAUGUAACCUGCAGAUCCUGAGACUGUGUAACUGCAGUGUAGCAGCUGAAGGCUGUGCUGCUUUGGCUGCAGCUCUGGAAGAAAAUCCCUCACAGCUCAGAGAGCUGGAUCUGAGCGGGAAUAAAGCAGGAGACUCAGGAAUAAAGCAGAUCUCGAACCUCCUACAGAAUUCACACUGCCUCCUGGAAACACUCAACCUUUCAGACUGCAGUAUAACAGAGGAAGGAUACACUGCUCUGGCUGAAGCUCUGAGACUAAACCCAUCAUCACACCUGAGAGAGCUGGAUCUCAGAGGGAACGACCCUGGAGCAUCAGGAGUGAAGCAGCUCUCUGCUCUACUGGAGGAUUCACACUGCAGACCAGAGAUACUCAAACUGUUGAAAAGUCCUGAAGCAGAAGAAGCCUGUGGUCGUCUGACUAAAGUUUUAGAGACAAACCCCUUAUUGCAGACGCAUCUGAACCUGAGGGGGAAAAUAAAAGGAGACUCCGAAGUGAAGCAGCUCUCUGCUCUACUGAAGGAUCCACACUGCAGAGCUGAGACACUCACACUUUCAGACUGCAGGAUAACAGAGGAAGGAUACGCUGCUCUGGCUGAAGCUCUGAAAUCAUCCCACCUGAUAGAGCUGGAUCUCAGAGGGAACGACCCUGGAGCAUCAGGAGUGAAGCUGCUCACUGAUUUACUCCAGGAUCCAGACUGUAAACUGGAGAAACUGAGGUUGUUGAAAAGUGAUGAAGCAGUGAAGGCCUGUGAUUUUCUGACUGAGGUUCUGGAUAAAAACCCUUUAUUGCAGAAAGAACUGGAUCUGAGUGGAAAGAUCUCUUCAGUGUCAGAAGUGAAGCAGCUCUCUGCCCUACUGGAGGAUUCACACUGCACACCUGAGAAACUUGCGCUGAAUAAAAGUAAUCUGACUGUGGAGAGCUGUUCAGCUUUAGCCAGCGUUCUCAAAUUAAAGUCCUGCAGUGUGAGAGAGCUGGACCUGAGCAACAACAGUCUGCAGGAUCCAGGAGUCACUCAGCUUUCUGCUGGACUGAAACACCGUCACUGUAAACUGGAGAUUCUGAGACUUUCAGACUGCAGGAUAACAGAGGAAGGAUACGCUGCUCUGGCUGAAGCUCUGAAAUCAUCCCACCUGAUAGAGCUGGAUCUCAGAGGGAACGACCCUGGAGCAUCAGGAGUGAAGCUGCUCACUGAUUUACUCCAGGAUCCAGACUGUAAACUAACAACACUGAGUUUGUUGAAACGUCCUGCUGCACAAGAGGCCUGUACUUGGCUAAAUUCAGUUUUAGAUGAAAACCCUUUACUCCUAAAAGAGCUGGAUCUGAGCAUGAAGGAACCAGGAGACUCAGGGGUGAAGAAGCUCUCAGCUCUACUGGAAGACUCUCACUGUAAAUUUCAGAAAAUUCGGUUGUAUAAAGAAGGCAGUGUAACAGAGGGUGGCUGCGCUCGUUUGAUUUCUGCUCUGGGUUUAAACCCUUCCCACCUGAGAGAGCUGGAUCUAAACAGGAAUAAACCAGGAGAGUCUGGACUGAGAAAUCUGUGUGACUUCCUGAAGAACCCUGAAUGUAAACUGCAGAAACUAAAUUUACAAAAGUCUUAUUUUAGCAGUAAAUCCUGCACUGCUUUGGCUUCAGCUCUCUGUACAAAUCCAUCACACAUCAGAGAGCUGGAUCUGAGUGGGUGUGAACUGGGAGACUCAGGAGUGGAGAAGCUCUGUGAUCUACUGAAGAAACACGAGUGUAAACUGGAGACACUGCUGUUAUCUUACUGCAGAAUAACAAAGAGAGGCGGUGCUGCUCUGACUGCAGCUCUGAGCUCAAACUCCUCACAUCUGAAAGUGCUGGAUCUGAGAGGGAAUAAACUAAAAGAUUCACUCACACAGCUCGAGGAGUUGCUGAAACGUUCAGGAGGCCAGCUAAUAUAUGAUCAUACCACAUGGGAGAAAGUGAAAGCUCUUGGGUUUGCUAUUACACAUUACGUCCCUGGUAUUAGAAAUUCUGGUCAGCAGCCGACUUUAGAAAGUGAGUCGUUGACACUGCAGCAUGACCAAAGAGAGGGAAAAAUGGAACUCGUACCACAGCAAGGAAGCAGUGUGGACAACGUCUCCAGCGAGCCAGACCAGGGCAGGAGGGGGAACACAACAAAAGACUGCACAGAGAAAAGUCACACCAGUAGUUCACAGAAUCUACAAAAUAAAGGCUACACAAGUGUUCCCACCUCCAAACCACAAAACAAAAUGGUCUCUGGAAAAAAUAAAAAUAAAAAAAAAAUAAAACUCCCUCACCAAUAUGGGCUACAAACAUCCUGGUGACUGACGCUCAGAUUUCAUUCAGUCCAUUUACUGAAAAGGAAGUUUGUUCUGGUUUCUGUUCCUUUCUUCUGCAAAGGAACUUUCAGAGCUGAACACAGUGAACGGGUUUGUUUAAUAAAUAUCACAUGGACAACUUCAUUUGUAAUGAAAGCACCGAUAACCCUCACUCUCUAAUCCCACACACACUGAAACACACAUUAUGGGAAGAAUGUUAGAAAGUCGGGCGGCACGGUGGUGUAGUGGUUAGCGCUGUCGCCUCACAGCAAGAAGGUCUGGGUUCGAGCCCCGUGGCCGGCGAGGGCCUUUCUGUGCGGAGUUUGCAUGUUCUCCCCGUGUCCACGUGGGUUUCCUCCGGGUGCUCCGGUUUCCCCCACAGUCCAAAGACAUGCAGGUUAGGUUAACUGGUGACUCUAA